UUUGUGAACGCUGAUUGGCUGAUGGCGCUGGUUGUCAAGGCUUAGUGCUUCAUUCACCAUUUUGCGACUGUAGAGUACCCUAGAACCUCAACGGCUGGACUUUUUUCUCAUUUGCGGAAGAAAAACAUUCUUUGCAAACCCCUUCUCGGGGAUUCCAUGGUUUUAAAGGCUUGGUUUUCGCAUCGACACCAUUUCAACGGCACUGUAAACAUUCACGGGGGUUUAAUUAAAGAAGGAAAGGAUAGUGCAAACAGGAAGAGGCUUGUACAAGAACAGAAGAAAAAGACAGAGAAGGGGCGGGAUGCAAGAAGGAAACAGAGUGGAAGAUAUCGAUAGGCUGGGACUUGCAGGAAAUCAGGAGGAUUAGAGACUAUCUUAGAGCAAGAAAAAGAUGAAGCCCAUUAAAAAGCAAGACAGGCGGUCGCCUCCCUCCACUCGUGCCAAGGGAGUUAAGAGGAGGAUGGUGGAUAGUAGCCCACAGGAAGAGAAGAGAGAAACAGAGGAAAUACCCCAAAUUUCACCUACCUCUCCCAAGAGACAUAUCUCCUCAAAUUCUGACUCAUCACAGGAAGGGCCUCUGAGAAGAAAUGGGUCUCCAGAAAAGGAGGGGAUCCACAGUGAUGGGGUCCUCAGUAUAGUGGUGGAUUUCGGUAAGACGGAUGAACCCCCCGGGAGCUCCAAGUCUGGCGGAACACAGAGUGACAGUAACAGUAGCACGACCAGCGCCAGCAAUAGCCCCAACCCUUCGUCUAGUCGUAAGACGGCCACUUUUAAGGCCCGUGUACCCAAGAAGAAGUACACCUCUGAGCACUAUGCCGGAAACCAUGGCAAUGCCAGCACUCCCAGCACACCCCCACAGAGCAGCAGCAGCAGCUCUUACAAUAUUACUGGUGCUAACCAGGUCCCAGCUGCCUCUGCUGCACACACAGACCCACACAGUCAAACCCAGCAGGCUGUAGACAGCAUCGCUGAGUAUGGACACAACAAUGUAAUGGGGCCCACAGGUAGAACUGCAGGUGAGUGCGGAGAGAAGGAUGGGACAAGCGUAUCCAGCCCACAGCGUUGCUCCUCAACCGAUACGGCUAGCGAACACUCGGCUGACCUAGAAGUGACAACUUCAGGACGUGAUUCUCACUCCAACUCCCAAAAGCCACAAGCACAUAGCACUUCAACACCCUCACAAGAGAGCCUGUCAUCUGGGUUAGCUGGAGUUCUCGCCAAAGGUCUUAAGAAUCAGAGAGUUCUGGCCCGACAGGGUCCCAGAUUAGGGGAAGGCUGGCCUCACGAUCGGGGUCGGGAAAUGUCAGGAGUGUUUCGCGCUGGCGUCGUACGGAGAGUUAGUGAGUCGCAUGGGAGUGUGGAGGUGCAGCUAAAUGGAGAAAAGACCAUAUGCAAGUACCCUUUUCGAGUGACUACUGAUUCUGUUGACCUCAUUCUAGAUGCGUCACCUCCUGGUGGUGCCCCGGUGGCUAUAGGCACACAAGUCUGCGUCCCCUUUAGAGGAGGUGAUGAGGGCAGCGAGGGAGCGCAACAGUGGUACAGAGAAGGUGUAAUCACUCAAGUAGAUCAACAUCCAGCUGUAUCUUUCCCAUACCGUGUCCAGCUACGGGAGGAUCUGUCUGAUGAGAGAAAGGAUAUGAGACAUGGAGAGGAUGACGGAAGGGCCAUCAGUGCUCAGGCCAUUUGGGUAUCACGACAAAAUCUUCGCCUCCUGGUUCCUCCUUGGGACCUAGAGCCACCUCAGCCAGCAGAGCCAGGGAUUGAUGGUAGGAGGGUAAGAGAACGAGAGUGGGAGGAAAGAGAGGACAUGGAGGUGUUUCGACUGACAGCGUUUAAAGUUCAGAGUUUGUUGCACCCUGUGACUGUACCUUUCACCUCAUCCCAUUCUUCGUCUUCUGCCAUUAACACUGCCAUCACGUCUGUACUCAGUGUAGCCCCAAACAGAGACUAUGAUCAUCACAGAGAGAAGGAUCAGGAAAGAGACCUGCAUAGGCACUUAGAGAGAGAAAGGGAACAAGAUCGAGAAAGGGAGAGGCACAAGCAUCAUCCUCUUCAUCCAUCCACCCCAGAGGAGGACAUGGAGGUCAGCCGUCUCAGUCAGCUAAGGGAUGGCGGCAUCACUGCAGCCAUGAGUAGCAAAGCUCUUGGGGUUUCUUCUCAGCAUCGGCACAUUCUUUCUAAACCAAACUACCUCAGCCCUGGGAGAGGACUUAGCACCCCAAUUGCACCCCAUCUGCCUCUUGCUCCUCACCCAAAUCACCCCACUAUGCUCCUGGGCUUAGAUUCAGCUACAGGUGCUGCAGUCAUCUCCUCUACGCCCCAGCUUCCUCCCUUGCCCCCUAACUCUUCUCGAGGCUCCCUGGACAAGACCCCCAGCUCCAACUCACAUGGUGCAUCAGGGGGUGGCUCUGGAUCCUCGUCCUCUUCGUCACGUUCCCGCACACCCCUCACAGCUGCUCAACAGAAGUACAAGAAGGGCGAUGUAGUAUGCACCCCUACAGGCAUCCGCAAGAAGUUCAACGGCAAGCAGUGGCGCAGACUGUGUUCACGUGAAGGCUGUUCAAAGGAGUCACAGCGCCGCGGCUACUGCUCACGGCAUCUCUCCAUGCGCACAAAGGAGAUGGAAGCCGGAGGCGGGGUGGGCAGAGAAAGAAGUGGCGCCAGUAGCACGGGCACUCUCACACCUGACCUUCGUUUAGGUGGACGCACCAGCAGCGAGUAUGACUGGGACGACAACUCACGAGACAGCAGUGAAGCAAGCAGUCGUGGCGGGGACUCUCGACCACGUCUGGUGAUGACCUCUCUCAUACCGCAAGAACUGCCACGUGAACUGUCCCGCUUUGACUUUGAUGAGUGCGAGGCUGCAAAUAUGCUGGUCUCACUUGGCAGCUCUCGCUCAUGCACACCCUCAUGCACACCCUCAUACUCACCAGUGUCCAAUCAGUCACCAUUCUCCCCUGCGCCUUCCCCCUCACCCACACUAUUUGGCUUCCGCCCAGCUAAUUUCAGCCCCAUCACAGCACCUUCACCUCUGACCCCUCGCCGCCCUCGCCACCUCAGUGGCACAAAAAUCCCGGGCACCCCAAGCACAGAACGUGAGCGCCACAUCUCUGGCAUUGUGCCCACUUUUCAGACCAAUCUGACGUUUACUGUGCCCAUGAGCCCUAGUAAACGUAAGCUGGAUGCCCCACCACCACCGUUGCCCAUUGCAUCAGACUAUACGAAAUCUGAUCCACAACUCCAUGACCCUAGCCUCAGCCUCAGCGCAGCAGCAUUCAGGGUUCUCUCGCCCCAAAGCCAGCCUACAACCCCCUCUUCUCUCUCAUUCCCUCGACAGAGGAGUGUCACAAGUCGACCCUCAUCCUCUGCUGCCUCCACUCCACCCCCUAUGCUGGUUUCUCCCACACCACCCUCACCCCUGCCUCAAGAUCCCAGCUCACGUCGUAUCGUUCCCCUACGCGAUUCGCCUGUCAUUGUUCGUAACCCAGAUGUGCCAUUGGCAAAAUUCAGUGAUAGUCCCCUGAGCCGUAGAGCAAGCUCACGCUCAAGGGAGCACAGCCAGCCUCCUCACCAUGCUGCGGGUCUCCAGGCCCCUGUUCCCAUUAAUGGCGCUGCCACCAACGGAGCUGUUCUCCUCCGCAAUCCUGCUUCCACCUUAGUCCUGGUGACCUCCUCUCAGUCAUUGACUCCUGUGGCUCCUGGACAUCCUGCCCAUUCAAACUCUUCCACUUUAAAUGUGUCCACCUCUAAUGCAACCACUGGACCUGUCCUUGCGAUAUCUGGCUCAGGAAGUAAAGAGCAAGAGAGGAAGUCAGGUGGCCAUGCAGAUGCAGGUGGUGCUCUCCCACAGCCUGUGGCUUGCCAUCCUUCACCCACCGCCCUGUUGCCCCUCAUCCUGCCAGCCGAGUCCCCUCACCCUGCUCCUCGCAAAGAUAUCAUCAUGGGACGACCUGGCACUGACUUGGAAGUAAAUGCCCACUGCUAUGAUUGGGUAACAGUUUUGCAUAUUAAAAUAAUUUGGACCAACGUGGAGCCCCGCUCUGUGCCAGUGUUUGCGUGGCAUUCAUUGGUUCCUUUUCUGGAGACCAGCCAAACAAAAAUGUCCACGCAGCCUGCAGAUGGCCAAACACUUGUAAAUCAGAGCAAAGAACCUCGGUGUGGAGUUGCCCUUGUUACUGAAGGACUUGUUGAUCAUCCAACACCAGAGAGAGGUUCUCCAUCUUGCCCCCCUCCUUCUGCUGAAGACCCACCUGUGGAGAGAGAAGGAGGCGACAGUGAGACCGAGAGUGAUGCUGACGACCUGUUUUUUCCAGGUGUAGCUCAAGACCCUGCUCCAUCCACCAGCCCAGCAAAAAGGCGUACACAAUCUCUCAGUGCACUCCCAAAAGACGGUGACAAGAAGAGGGAGAAGGACCACAUCAGACGGCCAAUGAACGCUUUUAUGAUCUUUAGUAAGAGGCACCGUGCACUGGUCCAUCAGCGGCACCCCAACCAAGACAACCGCACUGUCAGUAAAAUCCUGGGCGAGUGGUGGUACGCGUUGGGACCCAAAGAGAAGCAGAAGUAUCAUGAUCUUGCCUUCCAGGUGAAGGAGGCUCAUUUCCGGGCUCACCCUGAUUGGAAAUGGUGUAACAAGGACAGAAGGAAGUCCCUGUCUGAGGGCAGGGGAACUCCAGGGGCCAAAGAAGCUCGCGAGCGCAGCGUGUCUGAAAGCACAGAGGCCCAUUCCACCUCUCAGGGGGCAGACCACAAAGGAGCAGGGCCCAGCUGGACUUCCCCUCGAUCUGACAGUCAUGGAGGAUCAGUGGGUGGACAGCUUCAACGACCUCGCGCAUUUUCCCAGAGCGCUGUGCAUACUCUGGACAGGAUGGAGCAGGAGAGAGAGCUGGACAGUGCGGGUCUGUUUCAGCCACGCCCCCCUGCUCACCCUCAGCGCCAGAGUGAGGAUGUGACCAGUGAUGAAGAGCAUAUGGUGAUCUGUGAAGAGGGGGAUGAUGAUGUCAUAGAAGACUCGUUUGCAGACGGCUCCAUUGACCUGAAGUGUAAAGAGAGAGUGACAGACAGUGAUGAUGAAAACGACCAUGCAGAUGAGGCUGACAGCAAGCGCGCCUUCCAUUCCUCUUUGCCGUUCUCUCUGGCUGGCACAACUGGCAACAAAGAUGGAGAAGGGCAUGAAGAUAACCUGGAGAAGAAGAAAAAGAGAGGGAUGGGUGGUGCAGAGAUGAAUAAUGAGGGGCCCAAAGAAGGGAAAGGAGGUGGCGGAGGAGGGCAUGUUCCGUUCCAUGUUAAUUCAGCCUCCGUUACUAAUAUAAAUACCACUUUGCCGCAUGAUGUGGGGAUGUACUAUUCACAAGGCACUGUCAGGAUGGCCCCCACCAUAGUGACCAAUGUUGUUCGACCCAUCACUAGCACCCCUAUCCCCAUCGCCAGCAAGCCAGUUGAUGGGGGUGUGGCUGUUGGGACCCUACCUCCAGACGGGAAGCCCAAGCUACUGAUAGGUGCCGGUGGAGCAGGAGGAGGUGGGUACUUUUCCUCCUCUUCUCCCAAACCUAAUGGGCAAGGAAGCUUAGUUACUGGCCUAGUCUUGGGAGGAGCCUUCCCAAACCAACCCACCGUUCAGCUCAUCACCCCACCCCAUCCUACUCCAUGCAAUGGAGCCCCUAAUAACAGUGCAGUACCUCUUCCCCUACUUCAUCACCAGUUCCUCCCUUCUGCCUCUAUUACGCCCCCUAGUGGUGGGAAACCUGUAACACAGGUGCAGUACAUCCUUCCAACUCUACCUGCAACUGCCAAUCCCAACAGUCCCAACUCCCAGCAGACCUCCAGCAUCCUUGCCUUGCCCAGUGCCGCUCCUACCCAUGUGACCCUGGCCAAUGGUGUACAUUCAGGGGCGGGGCAAGGAAUAAGAUAUGCUUCAGUCCCAGCAGUGGGAGGAGUCAGCCCAGGAGGUGGAGUUCAAGCGCAGUCCCCAGUCUUGCAGAGCAAGAUGCUUGUUCCCAUGGCAACUGUCGGAACAGGAUCUACACCUCCGCAGCCAAUUUCCCUGGUGGGCCCACCCCUUCCUGUUCAAAAUGGGGCUCAACCAGGAAGUAAGAUCAUUCAAAUUGCACCAAUGCCUGUGGUCCAAACAAAUGUGCAUCCUGGUGGAUCAGUGCAUACUGGCAGCUCAUUUCCUGUCUCUAUGCCAACCGCGACUGUCAUGGCCCCUGGGUCCACCCCUCCUCAGACGGUGCUCUUGACGCCACCACCUACAAGGAUCACAUAUGUCCAGUCCACUCCUGGAGUUGCGGCUCCUUUGCCAUUGGGUUCUACACCUGCAGUAUCUUCCACCCAGCAGGCCUCAUCACCUGGGGGUCCAUCUUUUUUGCAGUCUCCAGUGGCGACCCUUGGCUUUACUGCAAUUGCCCCAGCUGGUCAGGCCUUGGUUCAGCCUAUUGUUGCAAGUCAGCCACCCCUCCUGGCUCCAUGCCCACCCUCAAGUGGAUUGUCACAACCUGCACAAGCCUCGACAGCCACCCGUCAGCUUGUGACUGCCAUUUACCCCAGCGUCAGCUUAGCUGGAGGAGUUGUGUCAGUGACAGCCGUGCCACAAAGCACAUCAAGUUCCACAUCAAUUCCGACAUCAUCCUCAACGCCUCAAGCAAAGACCUCCUCUGCAGUGGCUGCGCAACCACACACACAGACAGAUGCGCAGCUGCAGUCUCAGGUAAACAUGCAAAUGGAAAAUGAGAGAGGACCAGAAUCUAGGAAGGAGAUGGAGAAACAGAGAGACCUGGUGUUAAAGGAUGGACAUCAGACGCCACCUAGUGGUUUGGAGGAGUCGGUGCAACCCAGCUGUACAUCACACACACAAAAAGGUCAGCAUUGCGAAGGGAAGGAAGAUGGAAAGAAAGGGAGCAAAAUGGAACGAGAGUACAUGAGAGAUGUAGGAGGGGGACCGUCUCAAACAGAGAGAAUUGAAACAGCAAGAGCGACAGAACAGAUGGAGACAGAGACUCAAGCUGAGACCAACAGCAAAGAUGAACAGAGUCGAGAAUCAGGGCGCAGGGAAUCUUCUGUUUUGGACCCCCCACCACCCCCUUUGCAGACUGACACUCCUUCAGCUAAAAAGACCAAGUUCCGCCCACCUCCACUGAAAAGCACUCCUGAUGCUGGAGACAAGGCACUGUUUGGCUCCUCUUUUGAAGAGCGUCUUAAAGAGCUGCCGGAGUUCAAGCCUGAAGAGGUGCUGCCCUCUCCCAAUCUACAGAGUCUAGCAACUUCCCCUAGAGCCAUACUGGGCAGCUACCGCAAGAAGAGGAGGAACUCUACAGAUCUAGACUCCGCCGACGACCCCAGUUCACCAAGGAGGAAGAGUCGUCGCCUGUCCAGCUGCAGCUCAGAACCCAACACGCCCAAGAGUGCUGCCAAGUGCGAAGGGGACAUCUUCACCUUCGACAGGGCUGUUGGAGAGACAGAGCAUAUUUUGGAGGAGUUGGACCGCGUGCCGCCAUCCUCUUUGCGUCGGAUGCUGGACCAGCGGCGUGCACUCGUCAUGCAGCUCUUCCAGGAGCACGGCUUCUUCCCCUCAGCGCAAGCCACAGCUGCCUUCCAAGCUCGCUACUCUGACACGUUUCCCAACAAGUUGUGCCUGCAGCUGAAGAUUCGCGAGGUAAGGCAGAAGAUCAUGCAGACCGCCGGCAGUUCUGAAAUUGUGGGAGGCGUGGCUCUUGGAGGCUCUGACUCCGCCUCCACUUCUGGACCAUCCAAUCCUGCGCCCAGGGAGAAUUCCGAGCCAGAUGAGCGGGGCAGGGCCACGGAAGAGCCAAAGAAAGGCGCGGACGAUCCGCAGGAAUCGAGAUGAAGAACGACCGAGGAGACGAGCAGAACGGAAGGAUGAAAAACGAAUGUAGGGAAGGAUUCUAGAAAUGUGUAAAACCAUUUCCGCUGACAGUACAGCACUUAUGUGGAUUUUGCUUCAUUUCUUAUCGAACUGAUUUCGUUGCCAUUGCGUUCACUUCGUUGAUGUUCUGUUGUUAUGCACAGUUACACACACGCACACGUUCACACACGUUAUGCAAUUACAUAACAAUAUCACUUUCUCACAUUAAUGACUUGCACAAGGAACUAUUACAUAGAGCGCAUGAGGUCGCACUCAUUUGCAUAUGCCACUCGUGUCAGGCAGCCAUUGGUCCACCUCUGCAUUAGGGCGGGCGUCACUUUCUGUCCGAAUUUUAGAGCCCUUCAAUGCUGCACCACAGGCAGCACCAAACCAGCCUGUCUGCACAUGCUCAGUAAAGCCCCCGCAUGGGGCUAGCACAGAUUUUUAUCGAAUGGACUGAAUGUUUUAGAAGAGAAAUUAGACUGUUUGAGGUACCGGUAACUUUCAAUUCAAAACAGGGAUGGGGUGGGGGGGCGGGUUGUGGGGGACAAAUGCGCUUGCACUUUCAUUUUUAGAGACCGAGAGACCGAGGAAAGCAAUAGCCUGGGAGGAGAAGGGUCUUCGUGCAAAUGUUACACCCCCUUGGCGGGGUACAUGCAUCGGCUGUUACUGUUCUUCAGCACGGGCUGUAAAUUCACGACAGGUUUUUUUUGUCCCAGAAGCAACAAACUCAAGACUCGUAAUCACGUAGACCAGCGGAGCAGAAAACAGAGGCUACGGCGACCGCCACAAUCGCAUAACAACAACAACAACAACAACAACAACAACAACACAGCACACUCAAAGCCAGAGAGGAAAACAUUGUCCUAACCUCGGAAGAAUCAUACAAAAGAAGACGAAAACGAAUAGAGACACUACCCCUCUUUGAAUCAACGUGUAGAUAUGCUUUGUCGUUUUGUUGUUGUGUCGUAACGGUGGAACUGACUGAUAUCUUUUUUUGUAUUAGCUUGCGCCUCUCUUCUUCUUACUCUAGUAAUAUUUUCAGCAUGGACUAAUCCAGCUAUCUAAGUGUUGGAGCAAUUGCGUCGAAAACAAAAAAAAGACUGUGUUUUAGCCUCUUAGCUGAAGCUCCUCUUCUCUGGCCGCUGACUUAGGCUUUUCCCCGUACACUGUAUAUAUAUAUAUAUAUAUAUAUAUAUAUAACCGUGAUGGCUGGGGAGGGGGGCAGAGGGUGGGCACGAGGCUCUCUCUGUGUUCUUUUCCUCGUUUCUUUCUUUUUUAUAUUUCAAUCAGGUGUUUGCACAAUAUAUGGUCCUAGACCAUGGUUUAAAUCAGGAAAGUAUUUGUUUUUAGAUAUUUAAAAACUAACCAACGACUUUGUUCCAUUACGUUCGAUUCUCCCUUUCCGCAUCCCGUAAGGAAAGCCCUUAUUUUUUCAUCUCCUUAAGACUUUUAACUGAAGUGUUGAUGGAAAGCGCCACUUUAAGCACUGGUCUGGAGUCAGAGCAAGCUUUGUAGUCUGCGACGACUUCGAUUCAGGAUUACGCAAGGGAAAGCUGACCCGAGACCAGCGCUGGGGCGGCAUUUCUCAGGAUCUCCUCUUUCUUACUCUGCCUCUUCUUUCAUUGGUGCAAUAGGACGUGGGUGGGAAUUUUUUUGAAGUAGACGAGUGACCUGUUAGUGCCAUAGAUUUUCACUGUACAAGCUGUAAUAAAAUGAUAUAUAUGUCAAAAAGAGAGUGGGAAAAAAUGUCAGAAUUCAGAAGCGAGUAUCAAGAGAGAAAUCCAAACUGAACAAACUAAAAUCUGAAGAAAAAAAAAAAAGAAAAAUGAAAAAAAAAAAAAAGUAACCUAGCACUUUCUUGCGUCUGGUUUUGCUGAAAGAGAAGGAGUGAUGAGUAUAAAAAUGCUACUCAGUCUUCACUUGAAUGUGUGACAAUAUAAAUGUAUAAAUAUACCUAUAUAUUUCUAUAUGUCCCAUGAUAUACAGAUGUCUGUGUGUGUGCGAGCGUAUGUGCAUAUACAUUACAUGCACCUUGACAAAUCAAACUUGCUCCCAAGCAAAUGCUAUUUUCCCUGCCAGAAAAGCAGUGGCACUACAUCAAAAGACUGUUAGCAUAUGCUGGCUACUGACGUGCCUGAGGAGAAUUUGGCAUAUGUAACCAUUCAACUCGAUUCUUAACUUGACUUAUCUGCCCUUUCUUUCCCUCCCCCAGCAACAGACAAAUGCUUGCACACACACACACACACACACACACACACACACACACACACACACACACACACACAUACCUGCACAUGUAUGCGUGUACACCUUAUGAUUGUGUAUCCAAUAAACUGUCUUUACUUGGAGAAGGAGUUUUAGAAUGAGAAAGGUGAGUGUUAACUCAUCAACAGGCAUGUUGACCAUGUGCAAUAUUUCUAAACAAGAGAUUAUUGAAAAAAUUAAAGACCUAACACAA